CAAAUGCACGAUUUGUGGCAGAAAGUUGUCGAGGAAACAAAGACUCGAAACUCACUUGAGUUGUGUUCAUGGCAAAGGUGAGAAAUAACACAAGCCAAUCACAAUUUUGAAUGCGAUUACAAAUCGUCUUUUACCCUCAUAUUUAUAAAAGAAGGAUACCACAUUAGGAAGUAUAAGAGAUACAUAGAUGAUCCCAGUGCGUCUUACAAAGGAGAAACAUUUGUACAAGAGACAGAUGUAACUAUAUGCGAUUACAGAGGUGCGUUGGAACUCUGGUCCACAAAUAGUUGUGCACUGUCCAAAGUAUAAAACAAUUUUGUUGAUAGCUGACAGACAGAGAAGAACAACAAGUAAACUUUAGAGCUGUUAUCAUUGAAGUGUGACUUGCACUUUUCAUUUGUAUAUAAAGAAGGACUUGUAUUUUGCACCAAAAAUAAAAAGAUGUAAUAUUUUUUGGGAGAUCCAGUGAUGGUGACAUAUAAGACAUUAAGUUAUGAAAGGAAACUUGGUUUGUACUUCUCGCUACUAACAAGUCUUGUUUUAAAAAUGUUUUCAGAUCAGAGUUUCAAAUAAAGUAAACUGAAUACGUCAUUUAAAAGGUGUUUUUUCUCAAAGGGAACAUUGACUACCUCUGUCUUGUCUGCAUGCCAAAUGUUUGCAAAGUGUGUGGAUGAUCCACAAGUAUUGGAACUCUUACAAAAAUGUUUUGUAAGAAUAAAAGCAGCAAAACAGAUUACAGCAAUCAGUCACAAAAACAGAGCAAAAAAACUGAAAAAAAAACAGCAACAACAAUCAUGAAGAAAGAAAAAAAUAAUGUCAACAAAAAAUAAAAAUGUCAACAAAAAGUCUCUGACAGUGUUUGAGGCAACUGAGCUUGACUGUUCCAAGGUUUUUUAACAAAGGCAACCAGUAAUGUAGGUUAGGGAAGUAACUUAAGUUCAUAACUAACAAAGUUCUUUAAGUAUAGAUAACAAUGUAAUUAUUGUUAAUUAUUGUGGAAGUUGUGUACCAAGAAACAGCUAAUGAAUGUUUGAUGAUUUUGGCACACCAGUGAACAUGAGACAUUUUGCAUCACAAUAAAGAUAUUUUAUGAUCAUGGAAUCCAAGAAUCCUUUGAGGUUAGAGAGCAAAUCUGUGAUAUGAGUACAUUGGGUUAAUUGACAAUUCCAUGUAACAUAAUUGACUACUGGUUCAUGAGAAAAUCCAUAUUAAUGUAGAGAUUUACUAAAACUUAGUUUGAAUAAUAAAUUUCAUGAUCUUUAAGUUAUAAACAUAUACAUGUAUGUAUAUCUCUUGGUAAAUUUUGUAUAGCAUACCUUUUAUUGAGCCAAAGUUUUAAGCAUCUGAAAUUACUCUUUUUGUUAAAACCUUCACAUUCAAGGUAUUGAAAAUUUCUUAGAUUUAUGUGGACCUCAGGGUAUUUAAAUUGCCUCAAAUUCAAUUCCCAGAAAUUCCCAAGAAUUCCACCCUUCUUAAAUUAUAGGUAGUUUGUAUAGCUGAGAAUUCCUAGGAAUUCCAAGUCUUCACAAAACUGGAGUCUUCCUUUCCCAGAAAUUCCCAAUAAUUCCAAGCUUUUUAAAUCAGAGCUUGUUUGCAUAGUUGGGAAUUCUUGAGAAUUCCUAGGAAUUCCUAGGAAUUCCCAGAAAACUGGGAAUUCAGUUUGCAAGGGUUAUUUACAUAAUUGGGAAUUUUUGAGAAUUCCUUGGAAUUCCCAGAAAACCAGGAAUUCAGUUCGCAAGGGUGUACAAAUGAUAAAUAAAUUUAUUUAAUUGAUUGUCUCACAACUUUAGGUCACUAGCAAUAAUGAAGGGAAAGCUAUCAUAGAAGGCAUGCAAUAUUUCAACUACUUUGAUUCACAUCUUUGUCAAGAAAUGAGUUGGAUGGUUGCCCAUUGCAAUCUACAGUCCAAUUUGUAUUAAGUGGUCACACAUGGGGAAUGGUGGGGUGACUGUUCAAUAAAGGUGACCAGCAAAUGACUCACAUGAUGUUCGCACAUAAUAUUUUCCUAACAAUCCAAAGAAGAAAGAUAAUUUUUAAUACCCUUUGGACAUUUUAACUUAAGGUGCUAACAUUGAUUUUGGAAGAUAAACACAGAAUGAAUGAAAUGACUUGAAAGAUUACUCUGAGUUUCAUUUGUGUGGCUCUGCUUUAAGUGACUGUUCAAACAGGCUGUUGGGCCUGUCUGUAUUUCAGGCUUGAGGUGAAAAUUACAGCAAUUCAUCAUAAUGCUGGAUUUUACAUCUUUCUUUUCUUUUUUCAGCCUUGAUGGCUGCAGCAUAGUUUUGGACAUAAAAUUCCCCUUUCUCAAAAUUCAAGCUUUUUCUUAUCCUUGAGGUAAUACUGUGUACAUUAAUCCUGGACUACACAUAGGUAAUUGCCCUACUAUCUGCUAUACAUAAUAUAUAUAAAAUAUAAACUAGUUCUUACCGCAAUUGUGAUAACUCACAAAAUAUCCUCAGGUACUAGAUCAGCCUUUUUCAAUAUUUGAUCCAGGGAGCCACUAUCCUGAAUACGAAAUCAAUAAGAUAAUUAUUUCACCUCAUUAACACUUUCACUUCCAAGAGAAAAAUAUUGGCAACAAACUCAGUGGGUCUGCCACCAGGCAAAAGUUGCGCUACGUUCUUCUGAAGUCUCCACGUGAUCUUGUUUAUACAGCACCAGGAUUGUUUAAAGAAUCAAGAGACUUUGACAUCAGCCUCCUUUCUCUACUAUUAAAAACUCUUUGUCCGACGCAACUACCUCCUCUGUGCAGCGGAUGGGAUUGUCCCCCAAGUACAGGUGAUUUUAGCUCGACUGCAGACAUCGUCAGAAUUAAGUUUUACUGCAAUGAUAAUAUUCAUAGGUUUCACAGCGGAGAGUCAAGUGAUGCAGAAUUUUGUUCACCCUGGGAUGAAAUCAAAAUAGUCCUUUUACGUAUAGCUUCCCAUAUCAGCGAAGAAACAAAACUUGAAUGGGAAGAAGCAAUCAACAGGCUGCGGCAUGAUCCCUUAACCCCAGAGGCUGCAAGAAAUGCCGAGGAACUACAGGAAAUGUAUCAGAAAGACAUGAUCACAAAUGAAAGUCUUGCAUCAGGGUUCGCUCGAGUGGAGGGGCAAAUUCAAGACCUGGGGAAUCAAAAUGAACAGCUUCGCGAAUUGGUGACAAACAGGCUGGCUCUUCAUCGGCAGAAGGAGGAGGUCGGUUUAAGGAAGAGACAGGCUUACUUUAAGAAAUUCAGUGAAUAUUGAAUUAUAUAGCCUACUUCGCCAUUAUAAGAGUAAGUUUCUGAAGAAAAAACUGUGCUGCUGUGUCGGUGGAAGAGUAAAGCAGGGUAAUUUAGUUUUAUCAACUGAGUUGAUAACGUAAAUUGGCCACCGUAAAGAGUUUCAAAGCUGACGUUUGGAGCGUUAGCCCUUUCGUCAGAGAGAAUGACGAAGUUGAAGCGAUUACCAUGAUAUUCUGACCAAAGUAAUUCUUCUUAUCACAGCUCCUCUUCGUAUUAUCAUCGAUGUCAGAUCCACGACAAGCCGCAGUUCUCGAGAGGAAGCUCCAACGACGACGAAAUCCUUUCAUCCGCAGCCAACUGCUACAGCCGACGAACCUCCGGCGACUUUGACAAUCACAGCUAAUCAGCCCAUACAAAGAAUAGUCUAGGAAAUACGUCGACAUUACGAUCUAUCAACAGCUGAG